AUGUCGUCGUUACUCUUAUCCGCAUCGUCGACGACGAGUUUCAGAGCCUCCUCGGCGUAUACUUCUUCAUCCUCUGGACGUCAACUUCUUUACGCGUCGUCGUUUAAGAAGAAAGUGACUCACGUUGUUGUUCCAAUCGAAGCCGCCAAGGCGAAAGAACAACUCGCGCCGAAAGCUUCGAACAAGAAGAAACAACAAUCGUCCUCCUCGAAAAUGGCAAUCGAUAGUGGUGCAACAACACAAACGCCGGAUUUCUUACACGUUUCCAACGCGGUCGUCUCUUCGCAACCGUUCGCGUUCGUGGUUGGUUUUGUCGGCGCGAUUGCGAUUGUCAAAGCGCACAAAAGAGACAAAACGAACGCGUUGCGCAAGACGAAAGCGGUUCUGAGAUACUUCGACGCGAAAGGCGCGGCGGAGGUGAUUCGAACGUUAUUUGCAGCCGCGGAGUGCGAUUACGAGGAUUUUAGAUACAAAUUUAACAUGGUGGAGAACAAGCCGACGAUUGAAAAGCAACAUCCGUUGGAUAAAGAACGCGGGUUGUUUAAGCAAAAUCUGGAUAGGUUGCCGAUUUUAGAACACUCUGGGAUGUCUGUGGGACAAUCGAAAACGAUCGAACGGUACGUGGCGAGAGAUUUAGGUUUGUACGGUAAAAACAUGGCGGAGAGUUGGAGAAUCGACGCGUUUGCAGAGCACGUGAGAGAUGUUAAAGACGCGUGGGCGAAAGUGAGAGGGAACCCGUUCGCGCCGCCGGACGACGACCAGAUUGCAAAGAAGGAGAAAUGGUACAACGAAGACAUGACAAAAUGGUGCGAACGACUAGAAAAAGUGAUUGAAAAUGGUGAGGAAGGGUUUGUGGUUGGUGAUAAAGUGUCAUUGGCGGAUGUGGUUUUGUACGUGACGAUGACGCAAACGUUCGACGACGCCGCCAGAGCGGAGAAAGCGAGAGAGAGUUGCCCGAAGAUGAAUAAAGUGAUUGAAAACGUGGAGAAUUUGCCAGGCAUUCAGACGUGGUUGGCGAGUCGACCGGAGAACCGAUUUUAA